UACAAGAGAAGCCCAAUUCCUGGGCUCGAAACGGCAGGAAUACGAAGAAGAUUGUUGUGGUGCGCAGGGGGGGGACCUCUGCCCGAAAAAGAUAAGCAUGGACUUCGAAAAUGUCCUCUCAAUUGCUUCACAAAACCAGGGCCUCAACAGCGUAAGCCUAAAGAAGCGCUACAGCCUUCAGGCUGGCCCACCUAAGAAAGAUCCAAGAUCAAAGGGUGUCAACUCAGCUGCGAUCCAGGCUUUCUUGAAAAAGAGAGAGGUGGAGGAUAAAAAGAAAGAGCAAAAAAUGAAGAAGCAAAAAGAUGAGCUAUUGGCAAAAAGGGUGGAGCUGAAGUCUGACAGAAAGGCCCGGGCAAUGGCAUCCCGGACCAAGGACAACUUCAAGGGCUACAACGGCAUCCCAGUGGUUGAGCUGCCCAAAAAGAGAGGGAUGAAGGCUGAAGCAUCAGAAGACCACAGGGACACAGAGGACUUUGUGGAAGAUUAUGAGGACAACUAUGAGUACUCCCAGAGUGACUCAGACCCAGACCCAGACCCAGACCCAGAGCCAGAGCCAGAGAGGGUGCCCAGCAGGCCCCUCUCAAAGCCCUCCCAGAAGCCCCCCGCUGCAACCAAGCCUGCCCCACCACCCAUGAACUUUGCAGAACUCCUGAAGCUGGCGCAGAAGAAGCAGUUUGAGCCGGUGGAGCUGAAGCCCGUCAAGAAGAGUGAGGAGAGGCUGCGCACGGCGGAGGAGCUGAAGGAGCUAGAGAUGGAGCGUAGGGCCAGGCGACUGGAUCGCGGAGGAGAUGCCAGGCAGGAUCGGGGAGGAGACACGAGGCAGGAACGGGGAGGAGACGCCAAGCGGGAUCGGGGAGUAGAUGCCAAGCGAGACAGGGGAGUAGGAGAUGCCAGGCAGGACCGGGGAGGAGAAGGCAGGCAGGACCGAGGAGGAGACUGCAGGCAGGACCGGGGAGGAGAAGGCAGGCAGGACCGAGGAGGAGAAGGCAGGCGGGACCGGGGAGGAGAUGCUAAGGGGAUCCAGGGAGUAGAUGCCAGGCGGGACCGGGGAGGGGAUGCCAGGUGGGAGCAGGGAGGAGACAUCAGGCAGGAGUGGGGAGGAGAUGCCAGGCAGGACCGGGGAGGAGAUGCCAAGGGGAUCCGGGGAGGAGACGCCAGGCGGGACCGAGGAGGAGAUUCCAGGCAGGAGUGGGGGGGAGACAUCAGGCGGGAGCGAGGAGGAGAUGCCAGGCGGGAGCAGGGAGGAGACGCCAGGCGGGAGCAGGGAGGAGACGCCAGGCGGGAGCAGGGAGGAGACGCCAGGUGGGAGCGAGGAGGAGACGCCAGGCAGGACCGGAGGCCACAGGCUACCCCCAGCUCCUCCAAGAGGAGUGCACCCAUGCUCACAGCCAACAAGAUGGCUCAGAAUGGGAAACCGCACAAGAGCUCCUCAGAGAAGCCCUCUCUGACUGGGACCAGUAAGAAACCGAAGCCCCACGCCCCCGGGGAGAGGGAGAGGGAGAAGGUGAGGGAACGGCCGAAUGGCUCCUCCAAGCCAUCCUGCCCAGCCCGACCCAAACCUGUCUCCGGCAGCUCCAGCCCUUCAGGUGCCUUCUGCAGCAAAGCACCUAUGAAAGCCAGCACUCUGGCGACCGCCAAAAUGCCUGCACCCAGACCUGCGUUGAGCCAGAGACCGCCAAGCAGCACCAGCAGUGACCUUAUCCACAGGAAAGGGAACCCUCCUUCGCUACCUCCUGGGAAAUCGGCUGGGUCUGGGACCCGACCCAGCUCUACCCCUCACGGUUCCACCCCUGCCAGACCCCCCGGCAUGGCCAAGCUGAGCUCUGGCACCUCAGGGAGACCUGGGGGCUCUGUCCCCCCGCAGCCCAGGAAAGGGGAGCCGGCACGGCUGGGGAAAGGGCCCCCACCCCCAGCCAGGCCAAGCAGCAACGGACAGACCCGACCAGCCCCCUCCGGCCCUCCGAGACCCUCUGGCCAUCUCCAGCCCAGGCCUGGGGGGAGUUCCCAAAGUGGGGUCCGGCCCAUGCCCCAAGGGCCCGGUAGGCCAGGGGACAGCAGCGCACAGGGGCGACCCAUCAGCAGCCUGGGCUCAGGGCCCGGGAGACCCAAGUGCACGGUGGUGUCCGAAACCAUCUCUUCCAAGAACUUUGUGCCAAAACCUGGAAUGGGACCAAGGAUUCCUCCAGGAUACAGACCCAUGAUGAGACCACCUGGCCCACCUCUCCCGCCAAUAACCUCCAGCUACAAGCGCAAGUAUGAGGACAUGGAGGAUGAGUACGACUCUGAAAUGGAGGAUUUCAUCGAUGACGAAGGGGAAGACCAAAGCGUAAUCUCCAAGCACAUCAGGGAAAUUUUCGGCUAUGACCGGUCCAAAUUCAAAGAUGAAAGUGACUAUGCACUGAGGUUUAUGGAGAGCAGCUGGAGAGACCAGCAAAAAGAGGAGGCCAGGAGCCUGAAGUUGGCCGUGCUUGAGGACCUGGAAGAGGAGAAGCGGGAGGAAGAGGAACUGAAACAGCAAAGUGCCAAGAAGAGAAAAAACAGAUAGUGUUCAUCUGUUUGGUUAUAAGAGAACUUUGUCCUUCACGCCAAGAGCAGAGGGGUGUGGACUAGGAGGCCGAGCCACUGCCCCAUGAAACGCCGCACAUUUUCCUCCCGUUCAUUUGUGUUUGAUAUCGAGGAGGAUGAGGAGAGGACGUUUGGAACAGGGAAAACUGACGAAAUGAAGGAUUGGAACAGUUGGUAGGAAGGGAGAGCAGUGAGCUGACAACUCCUCUGUUACACUAUUUAUUUCCCCAGAAUAAGCAGGUUUGCACUACUUUUGUCAUCAAUCAUUGAGCUGCACCCUAUUAAUGGAAGAAUAAUAUAAAAUCAUGUUCCUCAAAUGUUUAUUUUUCUGUCGAUAGAAAUCUUAGAUAUUUACUUUUUAGUUGCCCUCCCAAUCAGUGAACAGCAGCUAAUCUGUUUUUCAGUCAGAGUAUAGACAUAUGGCCCUCAGCCUUUGUGGUCUCCUUUUACUAAUGCUACUAAUUUAAUUGCUUACACGAGAAGACAUAAUGCCAUUUGUAAUGUAUUUUUCCCUUGUUUAAAAGAUUUGACAGAUCUCAUUGUUUUAUGGUUUUUAUUUGUCAGUUUUUUGUGUGUCUGUGUUAGUGUGUGUUCUAAACUGUAGUGGUUAUUGGCACGGAGGUCUUCUGCAGUAUUCUGGAGAGCUCCUGUUCCUGUAAAAUGGGUGAUUUACAGUAUACUCCCAUCCAGUGCAAACGGUAUUUACAAUUAGGUCACCGAGUUGGAUAGAAGAGAUGUCUAACCUGGAGUGCUCUAGAUUAGAAUGACUGCCUUCUUUAAAAGUUGCUAUGCGAGUAUAAAACAAAAUGGUUUUCUCACAAGCGUUGUGUAGAAUUACUGGGGAGUGGACAUUGGCGAUCUUUUUUUUUUUUUAUCACUUUAUAUCACCUUUCCAUUAAAUGUAUGUGGCAGUUGUGUGACUUCAUUGUCCCAGUUACACUAAGGUAAAUGACAGGAGAGUGAGGCUGCAGGAUGUCUGUUUGGUUGAGCCCUGCCCUGUCCUAUCAAUCAGUCUGGACCUAUCAAGAUGUGGCAGUCCAUAACAAAAUACCUAUUGGUUCAGUAGGCCACUGGUAGCCCAUGAAACUUGGUUCAUUAAACCUCAUUCUCCGUCACUACUAAACAUUAACAUUAUGGUGGGCAGUUUGAAUUUUAGGCUACCUGCUGCAGUUGUAAAUCCACUAUUCUGUAAAUGUUUUUUUUUUUUUUUACAGAGCAACAUAAUGACUGUAGAGGGGAAAAUAUUACAAGCCACUUUGCACCAAGAGAAAGGCAAACAAUUCCCUCUAAUUUCUUUAGAGAUGGCCAACAUGAUUGACUAUUCCGGUGUGUCCUGUAAAAUCACAGAAAAUGGAUGUCUGCACUGAGCAAGGAAAUUGGCCAUAGACAUUUUACUAUUUUUUUCCUCAUUGUGAGACGAAUGUGUGCUGUUUUCUUUCCUUAUUAAAAGGCUAUUUUGAAAACU